UUGUGAAACUGCUGCUACUUUUAGCUCCGAACACAGGAAGGUGCAACUAAGCCAGAGAAAGUCCAGCCGACCCGGAGUCAACAUGGAUCUCCUGCCUGCGUUUUCCCCUGAGACGUGGUUACUUCUCACAGUCCUCCUGGGCCUUGUAAUGCUAUAUGGAAUAUGGCCGUUCCGUGUGUUCAAGAGAUUAGGAAUUCCGGGCCCCACCCCAGUACCUUUCUUUGGCACUGCCUUGCACUACCGCCAUGGUUUUGUGCAGUUUGAUACCAUGUGCCACAAGAAAUACGGGAACAUCUGGGGAAUUUAUGACGGCCGGCAACCUGUGUUAGGCGUAAUGGAUCCCACCAUCAUCAAAGCCGUACUAGUGAAAGAGUGCUACACCAACUUCACCAAUCGCCGGAAUGUAGACUUGGUGGGAAUGCUGAAUCAAGCGGUGUCAAUAGCGAAGGACGAGCAGUGGAAAAGGAUUCGCACCGUCCUGUCGCCGACCUUCACCAGCGGGAAGCUGAAGGAGAUGUUCCCCAUUAUAAAAAACUACGGGGAAGUUCUUGUGCAGAACGUGCAGAAGAAAGUGGAAAGGGAUGAGCCCAUCGAGGUGAAAGAGAUCUUCGGGGCUUACAGCAUGGACGUCGUCACCAGCACCUCGUUCGGGGUGAAUAUCGACUCCAUGAACAACCCCAAAGACCCUUUUGUCAAGGAGAUCAAGAAGAUGACCAAGUUCAACUCUUUUGACCCACUCUUCAUUUUGACAUUCACGUGCCCGUUCCUCAUACCCCUUCUUCGGUUAAUGAAGGUGAACCUCUUCCCCAGUGAUGCGCUGGACUUCUUCACAAGAUCGGUUGGGAAAAUAAGGGAACAGCGGCAGAAACAAGGCAAAGGGGACCGGGUGGAUUUCCUGCAGCUGAUGAUCGACUCCCAAGGAGAAAACAGCAACGGCAUCAAUGGCCAACAGCAGAGCAAUGGGGUGGAUCACUCAUUCAAAGGCUUGACCGACACUGAGGUUCUGGCCCAAGCGGUCAUCUUUAUUUUCGCGGGAUAUGAGCCGUCCAGCAAUUCCCUGGGCUACAUCGCCUACCUCUUGGCCACGCACCCUGACGUCCAACAGAAGCUUCAUGACGAAAUCGAGUCUGUUCUCCCCAACAAGGCCCCUCUCACGUAUGAUGCUAUCAUGCAACUGGAGUACCUCGACAUGGUGAUUAAUGAAACCCAGAGGCUGUACCCCCUCGGGGGGCGCCUUGAAAGGGUCAGCAAGAAAGACGUUGAAAUAAAUGGCGUGGUUAUCCCAAAAGGCACAGUGGUGAUGAUUCCGCCUUACAAUCUGCAUCGGGACCCGGAAUACUGGCCAGAACCAGAGGAAUUUAGACCCGAGAGGUUCAGCAAAGAGAACAGAGAAAGCAUCGAUCCUUACACGUACCUGCCCUUCGGAGCCGGUCCCCGGAACUGCAUCGGGAUGAGAUUUGCGCUGGUCACGAUGAAAGUGGCGAUUGUGAGGCUCCUGCAGCAUUUCUCCUUCAGGACCUGCAAAGAAACCCCGAUUCCCCUGGAGCUGAGCUCCCAGGUCUUCUUAAUGCCAAAGAAACCGAUUGUUCUGAAGUUGGUGCCACGAGAAAAGGAAGAAUGAAUCCCGGAUUGUGAUACGGAUACCUCUGCAGAGGACGCAAACUGUUGAGACCUUGCAGAUUCUACGAAGAGAAAUCCCAUUUGUUCCGAAGACAACCUCUAGAUAUAUCUGCCGACAGACAGGCAGGCAGGCAGACAGAGGGAUGUUAUUAGCUUUCGUAAUGAUUAAAGUCAAAAUGAUUCCUCAUAAGAACAUAAGAGACGCCAAUGUUGGAUCUGGCCAAAGGCCCAUCCAGUCCAAC